CACGACAGACACGUGCGGCUUUCCGGGAUUUUUUUUUUUUACAGGUCUGUGUAGAAGCAUUGUAAUAUAAUAGCAGUUUAACGUAAUAAAUACACAAUUACAACGCAAUGUAGAUCAAAUAUAAUUUUGUCUAGAGUGAUAACUGUCUUUCUCUGCAUAAGGAGAAAAAGCUUCUCAGGAUGUUUGUGGUGGUUGAGAUGAUCGACACCGUACGGAUUCCCCCGUGGAAUUUCCACCGGCAUCUGAACGACGCCAUCGCUGAGGAGCUCAACAAGAAACUGGCCAACAAGGUUGUGUAUAACGUUGGCUUGUGCAUCUGCCUGUAUGACAUCACUAAACUGGAGGACUCCUACAUAUUCCCUGGCGACGGAGCCUCUCAUACUAAAGUGCACUUCAGGUACGUCGUGUUUCACCCGUUUCUAGACGAGGUUCUGGUCGGGAAGAUCAAAUACUGCAGUCAGGAAGGAGUGCAUGUCAGCCUCGGAUUCUUCGAUGACAUCCUAAUCCCACCCGAGUCCCUACAGCAGCCUGCUAAGUUCGAUGAAGCCGAGCAGGUGUGGGUGUGGGAGUACGAGACGGACGAAGGAGCUCAUGACCUCUACAUGGACCAGGGCGAGGAGAUCCGCUUCCGGGUCGUGGACGAGUUCUUCCUGGAUACGUCUCCCACCGGGCCCACCAAAGAGCCCGAGGCUCCCGCUACAGCCGCCAGCACGGUGCCUGCACCUGCCACGGACGACGGGACGCAGAAGAAACAGUCUCCUUACACACUGAUGGCUUCCAUCAGUGAGCCAGGACUGGGCUUGCUGUCGUGGUGGAGCAGCUAACGGUAGCACAAAUCGACGCCCUGUGCUGUGUGGUGGUGAUCCGGUUAUCAGUAACUCUGCAUUGUUUGACUUCGGGAACCAGAGAGAGGGAUUUUCUCCUUUCAGCUGGACUCUGGUGCUGUAGACCGACGUCCUGAGCGAAUGCUGUGUUCACCAGCGCCACGGCGUCUCUCUGGUGCUCCUCUGCUGUGACCUCGGUGUGUAUCGACAUUUGAAACCUGUAUUGGAUUUUGACUGACAGCUCGAUGGACCAAUCGGUGAGCAGUGAGCGUGUCGAUGUGAGCGUGUCGCUGCUCAUCAAAUUUGCAUGUCCUUCUGCUCUGUCGCAGAAAUAGAUGACCUUCUUUUCUAAAACAGUGCAGUAAUCUCAUUUCAGUCGCGGUCAAUCACCUGCUGUGAGCCAAACCCAACUUGUGUGCUUCUUAUUGUGUGGAAAAAAAUAUUUAUUUUGCUUUAAAAUACACAUUAUCUCAGUUGCAGGUCCAUUUUGAUUGGUUACUGUGCAUCAAUGAGUGGCUGAUAUAAAUAAAGCAAAAAUGUAUUUAAAAGUUCUUCUUAA